CAGUCGCACUAACAUAACCUGUAUUUCACAACAUAACCUCAAUUUUAUUAUAUUUUAUACAAAUAUGACCUGUUUUAUUAUAAUACGAGAAUAUAAACCGACCGACUUUCAUGCUGUACACGAGCUUGUUCGCGGUGCUUAUUUAUCAAACGUAUUUACCACUUGGCGCAACGGUUUGACCAGAGAAAUAACAUUCCAAUUAAUAGUAAUGUCGGCUGCCGUUUUAUUUAUUUUUUUCCACGUUCCUCUACUGUAUUGUUUCUUCUCCAUUCCAUUAGUUUUGGGCAUAAUUUACGUGACCGUCUACACCUCGUAUCUCUUUAAGGCGACUGAAUUAAUGCAAGGUAAAAAACCGUUGCAGUGUUGGGUUGCAGAGGCAUGCGAACCGUUCCUUUUUAUGCAGCGACCCGAAGAUGUAUCAUAUCGGAUCAUUGCCGACAUUAAAGAUUGCAAGGAACCUCUCGAUAUGGGAAACUUUAAACGCACAAUAAUUGGUACAGUGGCGCUGUCACGCCAUUUAAUCUUCGAAAAUUCUAUCUGGUUGCACAGAUUAGCUGUACAAAAAAGUUAUCGCAAUAAACGUGUUGCACACGCAUUGGUGCAAGCAUCACAAAGGUGGGGACGCGAGCUUAAUUAUACUUCUGUAGAAGUUGCACUGUCAGAGUGUCAGGAUUCGGCGAGACACUUAUUUGUAAAUAUGGGGUUUGAGUUAAGGCAAAUGUAUCAUCAGCAACUAAUUGGAAGCGCAUUGACUUUGUUGAUGUAUCAAUUAUCGUGCAAUUUAUGUAAUAUAAAGCCCGAACUGUAACAAAUCAGCUUUUACUGGCAGUUGGUGUAAAAUUGUGAGGAGGUACAAUGUCAAUUAUGGGUCAGUGUUCUGUAAGAAUCUGGAAUAAUGAGAAAUGAGCAGAACUACAUCUGCAAUGUCCAAUAAAGUUUUUAUAUUAUCAUAUUUUGUACUGAAAGCUAAAUAAAUGUGUAUUGUGCAAA